UAAAAGCUUCCCUAUAAAUUCAACUCUCCCAAAAACCCUAACCCUAGUAUUCCAACUUUUGCAGCUUCCAAACGAUUCGCAGCUUCUCCGACGACCGGCGACUCAGAAAUCAACCAUGGGUAAGGUUCACGGAUCACUUGCUCGUGCCGGUAAGGUUAGGGGGCAAACACCAAAGGUUGCAAAGCAGGAUAAGAAGAAGAAGCCAAGAGGACGUGCACACAAGCGUAUGCAAUACAAUCGCAGAUUCGUUACUGCUGUUGUUGGCUUUGGAAAGAAGAGAGGACCAAACUCUUCUGAGAAGUAGACGAGAACUUCAGUUACUUUAGGUUGAGAAGUUACUGCUUCAAAAGUUUUCAUCUUUGUGAUGUUUAUAAAUUUUGAUUCUCAAACCUCAUAAUGAGAGAAGACUAGCUUAUUACUGGUGUUUGUAGGAUGAAUGAUUACGUUCUGUUUUGCAAGAAUUAAUUGAAUUUUAUCCUUCCGUCUUUUA